GUCGAGACAAAAGCGGAAACUUGACAUCGCGGAUGACACACACUUUUGUUUCUUUGUUGACCUUUUCUUAUGUAGCGUUCCAGAGAUAUAGUCGGCAUACUCUUCAGUUUGUUUUAAGAUCUAGCUCUGCUUUAUGUUGGUGUUUGUUUUAAUUUGAACAUGGUACACGAAGAGUUGAGCGCUCGUCUGAACGAUGGCGGGUAUAAGAACUGGCUCAAAGCGGGGUACUGUCUCCUCAAACUGCGGGAGGGGUUGUACCCCUUCACCGAUACUGAGAUGAGAUCCUUCCACGGAAAUCUAGUCACUAGGAACCCGAGUCUGCGGCGGCCAUGUCGGAGCGGGUGCAGACCCAAAGGGAAUCAGGUAGGCAAGUUGAGAAAAAGUUCUCAUUUACAAUUGCGACCUGGCCAAGAUAAAGCAAAUGCAGCUGUACUCUGUGUGUGUGGUGUGUACAGAGUGGAGGAACGUGAUCCUGAGGCACCACACAAACCCCAGGGGGAUGGUGAAUUGGGGGAAUUGCAGACCCCCACUCUGGAACCAGGACCACUGGGAACUGGCCAAGGCCUACAUGCCGCGGGGUCAAGCUGGGGUUAAGGGGGCGGCGCUGUGUGAUGCGUCCGCACUGCUCAACCUCCUCAACUUCUGCUCCCACUUCAACUACGUGGACCAGCACUGUGUCAGAGAGGUUAUCAGGUGUAGGAACGAGUUGAUGCACUCCUGUGAGAUGCGAGUGUGUGACCAGUGGAUGAGGCGCUACCAGGUCAGCAUACAGCAGCUCCUACAGCAAUUCACACACCUACCAGAAGUGGCAGCAGCCGGACAACAGAUACUAGAGAUGCUGGCUGUUGAUUUGUCAGUGUUAGUUCCUGGUGUGGACCGAGUGGACGGUUCCUUGUCGGAGGGGGUGGAGCCUGAGUCUAUCAGCCAAUGGGAAGCGGACUUGCUGAGAGAGAGGCUGCAGGAGCUGCUUACUGACACAGACGCACAGGACACUGAGGAGUUGCUGAGACUGAGGGAUUUCCUCCUGGCCAACAGAGACUUGAGUGACCACUUCUCCUCUGAACUCCAGACCAUCACAUCAAUGGAGACACAGAUGAGGAGAAGGGGGAGGGAAUGAAGUGGAGACACCUGCGUAACCAGUUAACCUACUAACUCAUCAGAGGGCAGGGGAAGAGAGCAGGAGGAGAGCAGAGGUGAGGACUAAACCAGAAGAGAUGGAUGACUCUAGUGCCCAAAUGCCAGUUAGCAUGGGCAGCACCAUUGAGGACUUUUACCAUUUUUAAGUAAUCAACAGGGUGGGACUUCCUAUGGGUUAAGGAAGGAUCACAUGAUUCCAUUUGGGUCAUCAGGAGGGAUCAGCCAAUGAAUUAUACUAGUGAGCAAACAUUCCAUAACUGCAGGUGGCAUUAAAUCGGCAACCUCUGCAUUGUACCUGUUCAAAAAAUUCACUACAGUAGGGCUGGGCUAUAUGGCGAAAAUAUCAUGUCACUGUAUUUAAUGGUUUGAGUAAUAAAUGUUCUGAGUUUGCUUUGAGUAGUGUGUGACCCUAGGGUGACAACACAUACAUUCUAAUUGAUUUCAAUGGGUUCUCUGUUCUGAUUGUUUUAUACUGUUAUAUUAAACUUUCACCCAAAAUA